GCCAAUUUCCGAAUUUCCGGCCGCCCGGAGCUGACCUUGGCCAUCCCGAACCGAUCCCGACCACUGCGAACACUUCGGCCGCCACCCGAGCCGAGUCCUCCGACCUCGCUGCCGGCCCAAUUUUUAAUUUUAUUUGUCGACGGCAUCAUCAUCAUCUUCGAUCAGUUAACUGACUACCCUGCCCCAUGGCCAAAGGCCGCGGCCUGCUGCAGAACGCCGUCAAGGCUGUUAAGCAGCAGAAAAAGACAGGAAAAUCAGAAAAGACAGCAAAGACGGUACCCGGGUCAAAGCCGGCGCCCGCAUCGAAGAAGCCGGGAACAAGACCCGGGCCUGGGUCUUCUGGACCUCCAGCAGCAAAGAGGCAGAAGUCGGGCAACACCACUACUACCACCACCGGUGCUAACAAAACCGGCAAUGGGCCCCAGCAACAGAACCAGAAACCCACCAUCCCGUUCUCCCCCUCCGAUUCCAUCCUCCUCAUCGGCGAGGGCGACCUCUCGUUCGCCGCCUCCCUCAUAACCCACCACCGCUGCACCAACGUCACCGCCACCGUCCUCGAAAAAGACCUCGCCGAGCUCUCCACCAAAUACCCCCACGUCCCAGCCAACAUCUCCGUGAUCGAAGACCCCUCCCAACCAAACUGCCGCCUCCUCUACGGCAUCGACGCCCGCAAGCUCCCCGCCUUCACCACCAAACCCUCCACCAAACCCACCAAACCCCACCCCCACUCCCCACACAACACAACAACCACAACCCCCGUCGGGACAAUGAAGCGCAUCAUCUUCAACUUCCCGCACACCGGCGGCAAGUCCACCGACGUCAACCGCCAGGUCCGCCACAACCAAGAGCUGCUCGUCGACUUCUUCCGCCGCGCCCAGCCCUCCCUGGCGCCCAAGGGAACCAUCAUCGUCACCCUCUUCGAGGGUGAGCCCUACACGCUGUGGAACAUCCGCGACCUCGCCCGCCACGCCGGCCUGCAGGUCGACCGCAGCUUUCGGUUCGUGGCGGGUGUCUACCCGGGGUAUGAGCACGCGCGUACGUUGGGGGUGGUGAAGAAUCGGAAGGGCGGGGUGGCGGUUGCUGCGUGGAGGGGCGGGGAGAGGAGGGCGAGGAGUUUUGUUUUUGUGAGGAGGGGGGAGGGGGUCGAGGUGGGGAAGCGGAAGAGGGGUGGGGAGAGUAGUGAUGAGGAGGAGGAGGAGGAGGAGGAUGGGGGUGAGGAGGGGGGUGAUUGGGAGGAGAGUGAUGGGGGAGAGGGUUGGGGAGAUGAUUUGGAGGAGGGAGAGGAAGAGGAGGAAGAGCCAGAGGAGGAAGGGGAGGGCAACAAUAGCAGCAAGAAUGGCCCCGAGUAUGAGCAGGAGGAUACGGAUUGUUCGACAGACGGGGACUGAGACGCGCUUCUUGUCCUGCUUUAGAGUCGUCGACACGGCAAAAGCUUCGUCGGGACGCCACACAUGCAAGAGGUAUCGCCGGCUCUGACUAUGAGGGAUACGGAUGCGCUGAGCUGGAUGUGAAGGUGUUGAUGAUCAUACAUCCUCUGCUCUGACACUUCAUCCAGCCCAAGCCCGGCUCGCGGUGCCGCUUCUAGUCACAGCAUCUUUACCACCAACGCCCUUAACUAACGCCCUGCCUGUUGGCUUUAGGAGCGCUGUCCGGUUCUCGUCACUGCCCGGGUUUGCUGCAACCAAAAAGACUGGGA